AUAAGACGGGCGCUCAUGCAACAUCUUGUGCUAUUUAGGGUUUUAGGCCCUCUCUCAUAUUGUGGACGGAAUCCGUGCUCACCGCUCCAGUUGCUGCGCGAUUUCAGUAUCACACAAACAAUAGCUUUGCAGGUUCAAUUGCGUUUGGACGGCAGAUUGCCUUGUGGCAAGAUGAAUGCUCCCGAUCGCUAUGAGCGCUUCGUUGUGCCCGAAGGCAUGAAGAAGGUGGCCUACGAGAGGGAUAUGAAGGUGAUGAAUGCCGCCACUUUUACCCUGCAGCGAGAGGAUCACACCAUCGGAAACAUCCUCCGCAUGCAGCUGCACCGCGACCCCAGUGUGUUGUUCGCAGGUUACAAACUGCCUCACCCUCUUCAAUACAGGGUUGUGGUGAAGAUUCAAACGAAUAGUCAGUCUUCCCCAAUGCAGGCUUAUAAUUUGGCCAUCACUGAUCUGACGAAGGAGCUAGACCACCUUAAAGCUACCUUCGAGGUGAAUUUGAUGCAAAUCUUGAAAGUCCUGGUGUUCGUCACAGAAAUCUCUUUAGUAAUUUCGAAAAAUAUUCAUUUGUAUGGGUCAACACUUUGAGUGAUGUUCAUUACUCAUGCCUGGAGAUGCUGAAGUGUUGUUCAGCUGAAGUCUAAUGUUUUAUACUUCAAAUUUGCAGCAAGAGACAAAUCAGAAACAGGCAGAGUACUACUAGACUGUCCGGAGAAUCUGACAGGUUGGGCGAAGCUCGUUGUCAUCCUGGGCUACAUCAGCUCUCUUUUUUCCUUUUUGCCCUUUUAUCUUUUCUAGAAAAACCGUGAGCUGCCUUUGAAGCAGACGCCAUCAACUCGUUAGAAGUGACUAGCUAAUUUUUACUGAAACAGAGAGGCGAAGACCACUAAAACGUGCUUUCAGUUGCCACAUUUUCAUAUUGUAUCGUGUGCAAAGAGUCCAGAGAAAAACAAUUGAGUUAUUUCAAAAAACUUUGUAACAUCGAAGUUGUUGAUGGUAUUGGAAAGCGCCUUUUUAUCCUUUUCAAGCUAA